UUAAAUGGUAAAUUUAUGUCAACACGUCAAUCAAUCAACUUGAAACAAUCGAAAUCAGCAUCUGGGCUACAUUUGUCUUCGAAAAAGAUUGAGAUGGUUCAAGAAAAAGAAGAUAUAAAAGCGAAAACUUUUGAUACAAGAAGACACUUGGAUUUAUCCAUCAACAAACGGACAAAGAUGCGUUUCUCAAUUGUUCUUGCUAUUUGCUUCUUAGGUGUUGCUUCUGCAUCUACCUUGGUCAAACGAAACUUCUUCGAUGACUUACAAAACAAGUCUCAAGAUGCUUUGGAAAACUUGAAAAACUUUGGACAAGACUUCAACCAAAAGGUUCAAGAUGCUCUCAAGAACUUGUUAGGAAACCACAACUCAACUGAACACACCGUUGCCAAACGAGCCACCAACCCUCUUCAACUCAUCAAUGAUCUCGGAGAUCCAGCUAAAUUCGCUCAAACCCUCUUGAAGGUUCUUGCUGAUAUGGCUACCGGUCAAGGUCGACGAAAGCGAGAUCUCGCCGAAGACCUCAAGAAAUUAGCUGAUGCUGGUAAAGAAAAGGCCCAAGAAGCUCUUAAGCAACUCAUGGAUCUUUUGAACUCAUUCAACCACGGACAAGCCACCACUGAAGCCGCUAUCACCAAGCGAGCCACCAACCCACUCCAACUCAUCAACGAUCUCGGAGAUCCAGCUAAAUUCGCUCAAGAUCUUAUCAAAGUUCUUGCCGAUAUGGCUACUGGUCAAGGUCGACGAAAGCGAGAUAUUGCUGAAGACCUCAAGAAAUUGGCUGAUGCUGGUAAAGAAAAGGCCCAAGAAGCCCUUAAGCAACUCAUGGAUCUCUUGAACUCCUUCAACCACGGAACCCAACAAGCCACUACUGAAGCCGCUAUCACCAAGCGAGCCACCAACCCACUCCAACUCAUCAACGAUCUCGGAGAUCCAGCUAAAUUCGCUCAAGAUCUUCUCAAAGUUCUUGCCGAUAUGGCUACUGGUCAAGGUCGACGAAAGCGAGAUCUUGCUGAAGACCUCAAGAAGUUCGCUGAUGCUGGAAAGCAAAAGGCCCAAGAAGCUCUUAAACAACUCCAAGACCUUUUCAACUCCUUCAAGAACGGUGGUGAAACUUCAACUGAAAAGACCGUUUCCAAACGAGACAUUUCUGAAGAUUUACAAAAACUCGCAUCCGCUGGUCAAGAAAAAAUCCAAGCCGCUCUUAAGCAACUCCAAGACCUUUUCGAACAAUUCAAGGGAGGAUUCAACCACGAUCAAUCAUCCGAAACUGUCACCAAACGAGAUGUUUCAGAAAGUCUUAAGCAAUUCGGUCAAAUCGCUCAAGAAAAGACCCAAGCCGCUUUCCAACACCUUAAAGAUGCUUUAGCUUCAUUGUUCGGAAAGAAACCAAGUGAACAAGUUGAAGAUUCAACUGAAGUUUCAGUCUCAAAGCGAAGCCUUGAAGAUUUCCAAAAAUUCAACAAGAACCUCCAAGAACAAGCUCAACAAGCUUUAUCUGGAUUCAAAAACGCUUUCGCCGAUUUCUUCAACCAAUUCCGAAAGCCAUUCCAACCUCAAGCCGAAGACACCACUGAAUCAUCAUAAAUAAAUUCUGUACAACUAAACUUAAUCAGUAACCCAGUUAUAGCCUCCAAACAGUUAAUCCGAUCCCAUCAGUAACCCAAACAAUUGAUUUAGUUAGAAAAUAUCCCAAUGAAAAUUCAUUUUCACCAACUCAAUCAAAUCAACCGGAAUCAAACCGAUUGACUGAAUAAACUGAACAUUUAAAUUAAAACAAACUGCUCUCAAUUA